UUUUAAUGUUUUUACUUAUAAUGAAAGUAUUAUUUAUUAAUUUAUUUGUCAUAAAAUUAAUUUUUGUCUAAAAUUAAGUUUUCAAUUGAUUGUUGAAUUAGUUUUUUAUUUGAUUUAAAAUUAUAUAUCAUUUACAAUGACUAUUGAUUAUACAAACGAUUUAUAUUUUGCUGAAACAGGAUUUCAACGACUGUUGCGAUGGUUGGCCACCGAAAGCCGCGACCGACUCGAUGGCCAAUCGACUCAAUUAAGUGCCAAAUGUUUGCUUAAUUUGUUGGAAAAUCGUUGCAUUCAAUCAUUUAUAUAUAUUUUUGAGAAAAUGUCCAAAUUUGACAAAAAUAGUAAUCAAUUCAAGCCUUUAGAGUCAAACUCUAGUAAUUUAAUGACACAAAUAUAUAAUGCAUUGAAAAAUGAAUGGAUAUCUGAAUGUCAAGAUUUGUGUCAAAUCAUUUCAAACCCUCAUAUGAGAGCCAUAUUGUUUGCGGCCGAUUGUGUGGCCCGUAGUGACUAUUCACCUCUUUUGCCAUCCAAUGAAUACACUGAAGAUUACAUCAAUUAUGAUAUCGAUGCCAACACUGAGGUCUAUAAAAUAGUAAGGAUUGUUAAGAAUGACGAACCUCUUGGCGCUACCGUUAAAAUCGAUGAGAAAACGGGCGCUGUUUUAUUGGCCAGAGUUCUGGUUGGAGGAGCAGCACAUAGAAGUGGUCUCAUUCAUGUCGGCGAUCAGAUCAUUGAGGUAAACGGCAUAUCAGUUCGCGGCCGAUCACCUGUAGAUAUAAUCACUUUACUUGAACGCAACUGUAAGGAAGGUGUCAUAUGUUUUAAAUUGUUGGCCGAUAAUUGCAAUUCACAUUAUGUUAGCAACAGUUUCAUUACCGUUCGCGCACUCUUUGAUUACGAUCCAUCCAAAGAUACAUUACUACCGUGUAAUGAGAUUGGCUUACCAUUCAAAAAGGGAAAUAUACUGAAUGUUGUAAAUAGAGAAGACCCCAAUUGGUGGCAGGCCUGCAAAUUUGCAGAACAACCGGAAAAAUGUUGUCAAACAUUUGCCGGACUUAUUCCGGGACAACAGCUUCAAGAAAGACGUAUUGUUGCAAUGCGUGAUUUUAAAAGCCAUUUUGACAAAAAUCGUUACAUUGAGAUAAUUCCCGGCUUUAAGAGUCCGUUCCGUAAAUCAGUUUGGAGUUCACGCAAAGUUAAAAAAAUGAUGUACGAUGUGAGGCAUAGUAUGGUCUUCGAUAGGGAACAAAUUGCCACAUAUGAGCCAGUGGUCAGAUAUUUUCCUCGACCAAACAGGUAUAGGCCUAUUGUAAUGAUUGGGCCUAAAGGCGUCGGUAGGAAAACAUUGAUUAAAUUAUUAUUUGAUGAGAAACCCAAUCACUUUAGACAAGCCAUCGCUCAUACGACACGAUUCAAGCAAUUUGACGAAUCAGAUGGAAUCGAUUACUAUUUUGUUAGUGAAAAUUGGAUGCAAAAAGAGAUACGAAAAAAUAAUUUUAUUGAAUUGUGUUUCUUUGAUGGCGAUUAUUAUGGUCUCCAUAAAGAUAGCAUAGAAAAGCUCAUUAAUGCCGGGUUUGUAUGUUUACUAAACCUAAGCGCUGAGGGACUCAAACGCAUGUAUUCACCUGAGUUUAAACCGUAUGUAAUCUUCGUGCGUCCAUCUUAUGACUUAAAACGUCUAAUUGCAUUGCGAAGAGAAGCAUAUAAUAAGAGUCCAUCACAUGAAUCACUUGAAGACUAUUUUGAUAAAAUGAUUUUUAGUGCCCAUAAACUCUAUAAUUUGUAUUCAAAAUAUUUUGACGUAACGCUAAUUAAUGAUGAAUUCAGUACAACAUUUGGACAACUCUUACAAAUUAUCCACUCAUUAGAAAUUGAGCCAAAAUGGGUGCCAACUGGUUGGGCUCAUGGCUAAUAAAAUUAGCCCAAUUGAUAGUCAACUUAUUUAGUCAAAGCUUUAUUAUAAAUUUUAUAUUUUGCCAAAUAAUUAUAUUUAUAUUGUAUCUAAUAGCUAGUCAUUUGUAACCCAAAUACUCAACCCAUACCUAAAUUUA